UUCGCAGACAAAAAGAUGCUACAUCGCGCCACGUCCGUCGUCGCCCGCCGCGUUCUCUUCACGCCUGUCACCCCUCGCUGCAUGAGCACCUACACACCCAACAUCGAAGACAUCAAGAAGCUCCGUUCCGCGUCUCAAGCUCCCAUGGGUGAUGUGAAGAAGGCGCUCGUGGAAUCGGCGGGUGACUUUGACGUGGCCUACGAAUGGUUGCGCAAGAAAGGCAUUGCAACGGCAUCCAAGAAGGCUGGUCGAGUGGCUGCCGAAGGUCUUGUGGGCCUUUUUGUCGAUUCGGACAAGAAGCGUGGCGCAAUUGUUGAAAUGAACAGUGAAACUGACUUUGUUGCACGCAACGAACAGUUCCAAGCUCUGCUGGCAGACAUCACGCGCACCGUCCAUGCUGACUCUGCAUUUGUUGGCAACUACGACACGGCUGCCCUCAGUGUGCUUUCGCUGAACGGUCGCAGCGUCGGAGACUUCAUUCCUGAACUCGUUGGUCGUGUCGGCGAGAACCUUGUGCUGCAACGCGCGACCACAGUCGCUGUAAAAAACGGCGUCGUCGCUCAGUACGUGCACCGCGUAGCAUCUGCGAGCUUGAAUCUGGGCCAAGCUGGAGCGUUGGUGGGUCUGGAAGUAUCAAAGGAGUUGUCCGAAUCCGAACGCGCCGAAUUGGAAAGCAUGGGGAAGAAGCUCGCGAUGCACAUCGUGGCGGCCAAGCCUCGAUUCCUCAACCGCGAGUCGGUCCCAGCUGAUCGCAUCGCGGCGGAGCGUGCGUUUGUCUUGGAACAGGUGGCAGAACAAGCCAAGUCCAAGCCCGCGAAUGUGGUCGAAAAGAUGGUUGAUGGCCGCAUGAACAAAUUUUUCGGCGAAGUGACCUUGAUCGACCAACAACACAUGGUUGAAGAUGGCGCGCCCAAGGUCUCGGCGGUCUUGGACAAGGCCGGCGCGAAGCUCGGCGCAACGAUUUCGCUCACGGCCUUUCAACGCUACGAAAUUGGCGAAGAGCAACUCUAGACAACAAAAAUCCCGACGAAAUAGAUCAUCACUUCCCACACCAUUUUCACUUCGACACACUUGAAUUAGCGUUAGUACAUACCGCUAAAUACUGUACAAAAGGAA